UUUUAAAACAGUCUUCAUCCGGAUCCGGGUUUGGGAGAAUUAAGAGUUCAUAGACAAGAAAACGAAUUUAAGUCGAUACUCCUAAUUUAAUCAUAUUUAUAUAGUCCGCGCUGCAAAACUAAGCAGAUUAUUAAAAUAUGUAAAGAUUUAAUUAAAAAUAUGUGAUUUAUAGAUAUAAGUUUCACUGGAAAUGUAUUUAAAACCUAGUUCUUAAAUAUCGUUUCAAAGAAAUGAAUCCAAUAAACUAAGGACAUUGACAUUCAGUUUAUAAGAUUACCAUAGCAAGAAGGCAAAAACAUACUAAAGGAUGUCAUAAUGGAAACAUCAAAUGAGAAGGAAAAAGUAUUUUCACGAUUGCUGGCAUUAAAUCCCAUAGAUGUCAAGGAUGAGUUAGACGAGAAGCUGGAGAAAUGUUACAACGUUGUUAUGGGUCUGACAGCUAAUGGCUCAGAGAGAGAAGUCAAUGAUGCAUUGAAUGCAUAUGUUUCUAAGAGUAAUCUGCAGCACGAUGAAGUGCAGUGUGGAUUUCUUUAUGCCAUCCUUGUUGACCAAAAAAUACAUAUUAAGUGUUUCAGAGAACUGAAUUUAGUAGCGCGUGAUGGCCUUACAUGUCUCCUGACAAAAAUCAAUCAAAUAGUAUAUGAAAAAUGGCUAAAACUUUUGGAUCUAGCAAAAGGACAGAUGCUUUGGCUUUGCAGAGAGCUUGUAAAAAUGAAUGCGUUGGGAGCUGAUAGUGUGUGCAUUGGUAUACUUCGACAAAUAGUGGGAGGUGAUACAUCACAGAGGAACAUCUGGCUAGCUGAAUCUAUGUUAGAGCUAUUUCUUGAUCAUAAAGCAUUCCUUCCUAAAAAUCUAUCAUUGCUGGCAACAGUCAUUUACACAUAUCUGAGGAUUAUUGUAGACCAUGGCACACCAAACUUGGCUAAUCUGCGGCAAAAAGAGGUGGAACUUUGUGUCAAUCUCUUGAGAAACUAUUGGCAAGAGUGCAUGCAGAUAGGCAGAGACUUAAUACGUCUGCUACAGAAUGUUGCCAGAAUUCCAGAGUUUGAUGCAUUAUGGAGGGAUAUUUUAUUUAACCCAACAGUACUUUCACCAACAUUUACUGGUGUUGCCCAACUUUUACAGAUAAGAACUUCCAGGAAGUUUUUAAUAGCACGGCUGACCCCUGACAUGGAAAACAAAUUAAUUUUCCUCAUAACAAAGGUCAGAUUUGGAGCUCAGAAACGUUAUCAGGAUUGGUUCCAGAGACAGUAUCUGUCCACACCUGAAAGUCAGUCACUUCGAUGUGAUUUAAUUAGAUAUAUCUGUGCUGUGUUCCAUCCAUCCAAUGAACUGCUGUGCUCAGACAUCAUACCCAGAUGGGCUGUCAUUGGUUGGCUUUUGACUACCUGCACAUCCAAUGUAGCAGCAUCUGAUGCUAAAUUAGCUCUUUUUUAUGACUGGCUUUUUUUUGAUCCAGAAAGAGACAGUAUUAUGAAUAUUGAGCCAGCAGUGCUUGUGAUGUUUCAUUCAAUGAGACCUCAUCCUGCCAUUACUGCAACAUUGUUAGACUUCAUGUGCAGAAUAAUGAACAACUUUAGCCCGGGUCAUACAUCACAAAUUAAAAACAGCAUUUACACAGCUCUGCGAACCAUUUUAGAGAAAAGAGUUUUACCGUCGCUAUCUCCACUGUUUGACAAUCCCAAGUUGGACAAAGACUUGAGGAAUCUCCUGCGAGAGAACUUUGUUGAGUUUUGCAGCCAUGAAGGUAGUACUAGUUGUAAAACUAAUUCAAGGCUAGUCCGAGCAUCCACUGAUACUAUUAAUUUAUCAGAUAGAGAAGACAAAAUCAAUGAAGAUGAGUGUUGGAAAGUCCCUAAAGAUGAAGCUCUCCCCAAAGAUGACUUGGACAUGGAGACUGGCAACAAUCACAGUGGGGAGAAUAACUUGUCUGAUGCUUGCUUCAGUGAUGAUGAAGAAGAUAAUGUGCCCUUAGGAAAAUUAAAAGAAGAUGUUGGUUUUCGACCCAUUAAAGAAUCUCCAGCUUAUGUCCCAGUGGAUAUUACAGAACAUAUAAAUCAACUGUCAGGACAGAUACAUGAUCUAACAGUGGAGCUGCAAGGAGAAAGAAAUCAGGAAAUGCAGUGUGAUCUGACUGAUAAGUUAAUGCAAGUAGUGAUACAGGAGGAGGACUUUGAUCAGGAGCAAGCAUCUGCACUGGCCACCUGCUUAUGUCAAAUAUUGAAUCCAGAGUUUCACAGCAAGUUGUUUCCACAGGACAUUGAUGAGGAAUCCAUAGAGGAUUCAAUAGGAUCACCAUUGUUUGUCAUUUUUAGGUUUUUAAGUCAGAUGUCAGAAGAAGAUCCCAGGCGUCAGCCUGUCCUACAACUUCUGGGAGAAAUGUAUUUAAAACAACCUCGUAUUGGUUAUAUGCUUUUGUAUUUCCUUAAAGUUAGUAAAGGGAGUGAUGAAAAAAUGGCAACUUAUAAAGAUUUUUGUCAGAACCUGGAUAACAAAGAUUUGAAAACCUGUUUGAUUAAUGACCUCAAGCUUUGUCAGACAGAUGAUGUUCGUUUGUUUACAUACCUCAUACCUGACAUAUACACUCAUUUUCCAAAUAUAGCUGUUGGCAAUGCAACUAUUUUAAAUUUAAUUGUUUCCAGUAUUGAUGGCUCACAACUGCAAGAUUUGAUCUGUCAAAUAUUACAAGGACACUUGCUGAUGUUUAAAAACAGAGAAACAUUUUUAGCCAUACUUAAUGCCAGUUUGGACUGGGAGACCAUUGAGCAAUAUUUUUUGUGGCAGUUGGUUAUGGCACACAACAUACCUGUUGAACAUAUUUUACCCAUUUUGCCAAAAUUGGAAUUCACUGCUAAUGCAGAGGCUUUGACAAGUUUAAUGGUCUUGCUAAAACAAGUCAGUCCAAGCUGGGAAAUUUUACGCCCUGUGUUGUCCAGGGAAUGCAAGAAGACAGACUACUUUACUGUGUCCAUUCUGAAGUACUGGGCUCAGGAACAUGAGGAUGUGCUUGCUGAGCUCAUUCAUAAGCAACUGACCAAACUCAAUGGCACCCCCAAGAAAAGACAGAGGGCUGGUGGCACGAAAAAGGAUCAUCCCACUGUUGAUCAGAUCCUUGCACACCUUGAUCACAUGCGACAAGUGUGUAGAAAUAUAUCUUUUUUAAAUCAUGAAAAUGUUCAACAUGCCCUCCAACAAGUGCAGAUAACUGCUAGUGAAACACAGAAAACAAAGUACAGUGAUUUGCUGGCUCUAGCAGAAGACAUAGAUGAAUUCAAAACUGUACGUGUCCUAAGAGGGAGGAAAGCCUCCAAUGCAAGUGGUCUAAGUCCAAAGUAUUCCAAAAGUAAAAAGUCAGCUGAGAGUGAGAGUGGUAGUGAUUCAUCUGAUGACGACAGCAAACCACAGACCAAGAAAAGAAAGAAAGUUACCAAUGCUGAUGAUGAGAGUGAUUGAGAGAAUACAUCAGGAAGUGUACAGAAAUAUCCCAUUACAUCCAUGUCAUACUGACAUCAGUACAUCCAUUCAUCUUCCCUCAUCAUCUUCCCGCCCCCUGACAGUUUCAUGUGUAAAACCUUUUUGGGUUUCUACUUGUAUAUUUUUACCCAUUGUUUCAGAUCAAGUGUUUUGUUUUUUUAAUUCUGAUUUACAUACAACACUUUUUCAAAGGACGAAAUGUGAUGACGAAUACAAAAAUAUUGUUACAUUUAUUGAUGUAUUAUUUUUAAAUGUUGUGACAUCUUAUGUCAUGACGUCCAUGCAAACACAGACACAAUAAACAUAAUUGUGUUAUUA